UUGUUGUUCUCUCCACAUGUACCACUCUCUCUGGAUGGACAACAGGCAAGGAUUAAGGUACGUUGUGUGCAAUCACAUUCUACCAAGCUGACAUGCUUGUGCUCUGAGCACUUGUUGUUAGGAGGUAGACAGUGUAAAGAAGAGCACAUACGGAUAACUGAAUGUGAUACUAUUCCUUAAUUGAGACAAGUAGAUCUACUCGUAGUGUAGCCUCCUUCACCGGCCUUCAUAGGAAAGAAGGCCUGCUAUCGACUGCUUGCGCAUGCGCCAAAUUAUUGGAUAUUUUUUCCCGUAAAAUUUCCUAUAAUACUGGAUUCAUCAGAGAAAAUAUCCUAAAAGUCAUACACAGAGCUAUAUAGCUAGCUAGCUAGAGACAGAGCUGUGUAUGUUUGUUGUACAGCUAUUUUCUUCUGCAGUAGCAGUAGUAUAGUAGACUUUCACCAAAGAUAGUGUUAAAUGGCCUGUCCAUAUAGGCUCUUGUCAGCUUUCACUCCGUUCAGACGAUCGUCAUCCACACUGUUGCAGGCUGUGAGUUUUUUGUUAACAUAGCAGGCUAAGGGUAGCUAUCAGAGAAUGCUAUCAGAUGGGCUAGCAACUCAAUCGAACUUUCUAUCUACUUCCUUCAAUCCACUUUCGUUCCUUGUGAUGUCACAGUUUUACUGAGCAUAUACGAUGUUAUCCAAAGCCCCCAGAUCGAUACCGGGGGGAUAUUAGCGCAUGCGCAAGCAGUCGAUACCAGGCCCACUUCCCUAAGUGAAGUGGGAAGUGCGGCCUGGGAUCGAGGCUACUCGUAGUAGUACCUGAAAGUAUGCAUGGUUAAUCAAGUGUUUCAGUCUGCAUUUUUGGCUGUCCACAAUUGUUUCCCCUCCCCUGUGUCGUGCAAUCACCACUGUACUGUAUCACUGUACUAAUGUUCUCUUCCUUCCAUUUCAUGCAUCUCCACCUCACCUUUGACUGACCCUCUGAAACAACAGAUUGUAAGUUGGUGUGUGUUGACAGAGUAAUUAGUGUCUGUUGCAUAUUCUGUGAUGUUUCUUCUUCCCCAUUAUUACUCUUGUGUGUGUGCAGUGCCAUAGUGUUAUAUAGGGAAAUAUUUAGUAUGAUCAUAUUCAACCUCGUAAUCAUUCAUUUACUAUCUUCCCACUGUUUGCUCUGUGGACUCUCCCUCUCUGGAUCAACAGUGGGUUAGUUGUGUUUGCACGUGCACACUUAUUUUAAUGGUUACUAGGAACUCGUAAAUUAUCUUUGUCUCUUUCUAUAUUGUCAACUUGGUAUUAGCCGAGGCCCACACAACUUAUUAGGUUGUACUUUUUAUAUUCGUAGAAUAUACACCUAAGUUCAUUAGUUGGUACGUACAUUAUCGUGUUUGUCUCUUCCCAUGCACACACUCAUUCCUAUGUUGGACCACACACUGAUUUGGACUACUGUAGGAGGUGAGCUUCUUACGAGUACUCAAUGUCCACACACUAAAAUGGUUCAGCUGCAAUGUGUACGGAUGUACUGGUUACCUAGCAUCAUUAGCGUGUGUCCCUUGUCCUCUAGAGCUGACCCUCUCCCUCGUAUAGGGUAGACCAUGGCUUUAAACUUGUUCAAUUCGUAAUCCCAUUUUACGGGCACAAGUUCGAAAUACCACCAUUGUGUACAUUGUGUACAUGUAAAUUUGUGUUUAUGUAAAUUCCCCAACCAAUUAAGUGCCUACUGAACCUAAAACUUGUUGCCUAUUCUCAAUGUUUCCCCAACUUUUUUAGAGCUUUUCUAUACCAGGUCUAGCCACUUGUUGCUAUGUGUAGUCAGUCCCAUACACACCAGCGUUCAACUGAUCUGAUGUCUUGUAUGUGUGUUAAGAUUAAAUCUCUCUCUCACAUGUACCAUUUGAUGUGUCUCAGCGUAACAUUGAGACUGUGAGUUUAUUGCAUGUACAUAUAAUGGCGUACUAGGCUGACUUGUAUACAUGUACUACUGCAUGAAGGCAGAAAGAAUAACUUGCGUGACUUUAUUUAGGAUUAGUACGUACUGAAAGUUUCAUGCUGUACAGACGUUAGACUGGCGGCGAUAGAGCGACUGGCAAACUGCCUAUCAGUCACUUGUCUCAGCGGAAGUGUAAUAGAUCGUAUGACACUACUAAACAUGAAUAUCGUUAUAGAUAAUGUGGUUAAAUUUUGCUACGAGAUUCAGCUACUAUGGAAUGCACUGAAUCCCCUGAAGUGUAUUUGCGGUUACAAUUACAGGGCUAAUAUGACGUUGAGCAAUCUGAUAGGCUGCAAUGCUCGUUGCAGCUGAGACGAGUGACUGAUAGGCAGUUUGCCAGUCCCUCGCGCUACGCACGCGAGGGGCUGUCGCCGCCAGUCUAUACAGACGUGUACUUGCAAUAAUUGAUGUAUACAUGUGUGAAUGCAUUCGUGUAUUUGAACAUGUUCAUUUCUCUACAUGUCCGUGUCCUACUGCUUGUUAAUGUGACUACUGCUAAUGAUUACUGGAACAACAGAUGGUAAGUUACAGUAUGCAGACAUGUAUGAAUGCACUUACUGCUCCUACCAUCAUCCCCCUCUCUCUGUUUCCAUGUGUGUCUUACGCUGGUGUCUCAUUAAUUGGACUAAACAGAAGGUGAGCGGGACACUGCACUGACUUGUGACUGUACUUGUGUCAGUAAUGUUUGAGUUGCAUGAGUACAUGUGUAUUGGCAUUCAUAGUGUACAGGUUUGUGAUUAUAUUCUUUUCUCUCUCCCUACAUUUCCAUGGUUACUGAAUAUCUGGAACGAUAGAGAGUGAAGGCUAGGAAUGAGAGUGAACUGACUAGUCAUGAGACGAGAAGAGCUGCCCUCCAACAGAGACUGUCUGGUGACAUCACUGACCAGGACCGGAGACAACUGCUGGGAGAGCUGGAGGAGGUAGAGGGGGAGAUCAAGAAGUGUGUCUCAGGGAUACAAGACUGUGAGGAGAUAAUACAUAUGAAUGAGAAUGCUAUUGCUGAGAUACGAGGAGAAGGACAGGAGAGACAGAGAAAGAAAGAAUCAGCGAAGCGGUUGUUUGAUGAGGCGAUGAAGCACGGAUAUGUCUUGGUGAACAUUGUCAACAUGCUUGUGUUUGGACCGGCGGGAACAGGGAAGACCAAUCUCAAGCGCCUGCUAACCGACAAGCCCCCUCCACCACAGCGAGACAGCACUCCUUGUAUGGAAAAGCCAGCACGCAUUCGCCCCGUGUCCAACACGAAAUUCAAGUCAACUGGAAGAGGCUGGGAAGAGAUGUCUCAGCCAAAGCUGCGCAAGCUACUUGCUGAAAUCAUCGCUAAGUUACCAAAAGAAAGCACCGAUCCAUCCACAGCAUCAAGGGUUGCCGAGAGCUUGAAAAAGAUGACCACAACCGAGCUAAUUUCGGGUCCCGAUUCUGAUUCAGAUGAUUCAUAUUUUAGUUGCAAUGAGUACCUUUCUGAUUCCCAAUCCAGCAACGAUUCUGAUGGACUUUUCGACUCCGAUGAACUUUCUGGCUCUGCAAGAAUGUUGGACAAAGCCAUCGAUGAAGUGAUAGCGAGUGUAGUGAGUGGUGUGGCAGAAGAGCUGAAGCCAGCCACACAGGGAACUGACCAACUGUCGAGCAGUGACCAGCAAGAAGGAGAACUGUUCGAUUCCAACUGGGUGUAUGUUACCGACUGCGGCGGCCAGCCGCAAUUCCACGACAUCAGCCCUCUCUUCAUCAAGCACAUUUCGGUGGCGUUGAUAGUCCUGCGUUUGAUUGACGAACUCUCCAGUUUCCCUUCUGACGAGUACUACAAGGAUGGGCAGCUUGUUGGUAGUCCUCAUGCAUCUCACAUGACCCUUGGGGAGACACUUCAGAGUCUCAUUCGAUCCAUUGAGUCCCAUACCUCACAAGACAAGAAGCCGAAGAUGAUCUUUGUGGGCACAUUCUUUGAUCAGCUGAAAAGCUCGGAUACACUUAUCGAGAGGAAUCAAGAGAUUCUCGACAUGCUGCCACCCGAUAUCAAGAAGCUAUUGGUGUACGAAAAUCUUGGAUUGAACAAUCUGAUUUUUGGUCUCAACACAAUCAGCCGAGAAGAAGAUUCACUGGCCACUGCCAAUAGGAUUAGAAUUGCUAUUGAGCGCUCUAUUCCGCUACAAGUCAAAAUGCCCAUCUGGUGGUCAUUCUUGGAUUCACUUCUCCAGAGUUUGUCUGCCAGUCUCGAGCGAGGUGUACUAGGCAUUGAAGAAUGUCUCCAAUUAGCCACUCGAUUUGGUUAUUUGCUCCAAGAUCUUGAAGCUGCUCUGGUCUUCUUUGACAACGUGUGUAUAGCGCACUACUAUCCCUCUAUUCUCCCCAACACAGUGUUUGUGGAUGCCCAGAUUCCACUAGACAAGAUCACCGAGCUCUCACAGCACGCCAUUUUUCUGAGGAAUGCACACUCUACUGUUAGCCCAGGAGGGACAGGCGCCGAAUGGAAGAGAUUUCGAGACGAGGGCAUAAUCACUUUAAAGUUUCUACGAUUCUUUAAGAAGCAUUACGUUGAAGGCAUCUUUUCUCCAGAAGAUAUGCUGUUGAUCAUGAAAUAUCUUCUCGUGAUUGCUCCCAUUCCUCUAGUGGAAGCCACUACCCACCAAGCCGAGUUCUUCAUGCCAUCUCUACUCAAAUCCAUCCAACCUGCUGAGCUAGACAAAGUCCGUUCCUCAUCUAUCCCCCUCGCUAUUCACUUUCCUAGUGGGUGUAUUCGCUCUGGUGUCUUCUGUUGUACGGUUGUUGAUGUAAUGCGGAGGCAUGAUUGGAAAGCUGUUCUCCCCUCAGGUGAUCCAAUUCUUUUCGCUAAGAAUUGUAUUCAAUUUCGAUAUCCGAAUCGUUCUUGUGUCAUCUCAUUGGUUGAUUCCUUCUUCUGUAUGGAAGUGUAUGUCAAAGCCCCCCCUCCAUUACGCAAAGAGUUGUGUCCCAUAGUUUGUUCUCAACUAAUGGAAUCCAUCAAAGCUGCUUGUGUUGUUUUGAAUUACAACAAUGAUACACCCAAACCAGCGAUCUUUUGCCCUUGCAAGAAGAGCAUAGGAAGUGGAAACAAGUUGCACCUUGCCGAUGUGAGUGUGGAUGGCUAUUGGAUGUGUUCCCUUCAUGCAGAUGAGUGGGAAGAGCUCAGUGACGAACAUAGAAUUUGGCUGGGCAAUAGCGAAGGUUCAGGUGAACCAUCCUCUGUUAUGAGAGAUGUCACUGAAAGAACGAGUGAUCAGCUGCAAUACCCCGGCCCAUCGUCCCCUAUAGGGGAACCUGCGCGUAAGAAGAUGAGAAUGACUGAUCAACAUACCAGUGAAUUCUCCUCUGUUACAGUAAUGGAAGAUGUGUCCUUGAAGACGGAAGUACAUGUGCAUGUUCAUGAUCAGCGAAAUACUUCUAACAAAUCCUCUCCUGCAAUGGAACAUGUGUUUGAUAAAAUGAGCGAUCAACAUACCAGUGAAUUAUCCUCUGCUGCAGUAAUGGAAGAUGUGUGUAAGAAGACUGGAGUGAGGGACCAACAACUAGAUCAAGAAAUCCCUGAGAGUGACAUCACUCGAUUUGCGGAGAAAUUUCCACACCUACUGAGCGUGCACAAGGCUUUGACAAUUGACGAUCUACAACAUGUUUACGAGAAACUACACACUGCACAUGCAAGUGCCAGCCCUCACUGGUUCAAUCUGGGAUUGGCUCUAGGUCUCAGUCAUUUCAUUCUCACCAACAUCGAUACUGGCAAGCAUCGUGGCGAUAAUGUGUCUUGCUUGCGUGAAGUGUUGGUUAAGCUCCUGAGUACACAAGUUGUAACAUGGAGUCUCCUGUCAGACGCUCUCAAAAAACCCACAGUGGAUCUCAUCAAUUUGGCUGACAGCAUCACAGUCAAUCAAUCCACAACUCCUAACCUGCUGAAUCGACUCAACCUCACCCCAGCCGACCGUGAUGGUGUAACUGAUAUCACAAGUCGUUAUGGCAAUCAAGCUGGAGUGGCUCAUGCAUUGAGAGCGUGGCGAAAAACGAAUCCUUCCAGAGCUACCUUCAGGGCCUUGGUGGAAGUUGCCAUAGGACUGAGAAGAGGAGACACUGCUACAGACAUUUGUAGAUUCAUUGUAGAGAAUACAAGUGGAACUGACCGAAACUGAAUUUUAUACGUAACGUUUUUAUUGAUACUAUUUUGUUUGCAAUGCUUUGCUUUUCUGAACACAUUUUUGGUGUCUCUGUGAGAAGUUGAAUGAGCAUGUGCAGUAUGAACAUUUUAGCAACGCC